AUGUCCGAAAGAAAAAAAUCAUUAGAUCACCGCGAAAUAGCCAAGAAUCUAGACUUAUACUUUUUUGAUGAGAAAGUAGGUCAAGGUUUGCCAUUACUUUUGCCUAACUAUACUAUCAUUCACAACCAAAUUAAAAAUUUUUUACAAGCAAAACAAAAAGAGUUUAAUUUUCAAGAAGUAAUGACUCCGAUCUUAGGAAGCGAAGCUUUAUAUAGAACCAGCGGACACUUAACCCAUUAUGAAGAAUACAUGUUUCCUGUAAUUAGUCGGAAUAAUGAAAAUCUCCGCUUGCGCCCUAUGACUUGCCCUCAUCAUUGUUCGAUUUAUCAACAAAAACCUCGUUCUUACCAAGAAUUACCCUUACGUCUCUGCGAAAAUUCACUUUUGUUUCGUUAUGAAGCUUCUGGAGGUUUGAAAGGUUUAGAAAGGCUACGAGGACUCGAGUUACCUGACCACCAUAUUUUUGUAAGUCUUGACAAAUUAAAGGAAGAGCUAGAAGUUAAUUACCUUUAUAUUUCACAAAUUCUAGCAACCUUUGCUGAGAAAAUUUUAAAAGAAGUCUUAAAGGAAUUAAGGUUAAAUUACACUCUUUUACCCGGAGAAGCUGCCUUUUAUGGACCAAAAUUAGACAUUGAAGUCCAAACGGCUGAUGAAAAAAUUAUUACUCUCGCUACGAUGCAAAUUGAUUUUCCUACCCCAGAAAAAUUUGGUCUGCAAUAUAUUAAUGAAAAACAAGAAUUAAAAACUCCCGUUAUUAUUCAUCAAACUCCGAUUGGUUCUUAUCAACGAUUUAUUGCCUUAUUAAUAGAGCAAACUGAAGAAAAUUUAACCAAGAAAGAUUUACGGGUUAAAAUGUUCACCGAAAAAACUCUCAAUUAUCGUAUUCGCCAAAUGUACAAAAAAAAAAUUCCUUAUUACUUGGUAGUUGUGAGAAAUAAAGAACACUUAAAAAAGAACAAAAAAAUAGAAGUUAAUCCCAGUCUUCUUAAUGAAGAAAUUCCCUUUUCUCAAGUUUUGUUAGUUAAUGAGAGUGACAAAGAAACUGUUACCAUUCAGGAAGCUUUGAAUCGAGCUAGAAAAGUUGACUUAGAUCUUCUUUGCGUAGCUCCCCAAUCUAAUCCUCCAGUUUGCAAACUAGUCGAUUACCAAAAUUUCUCUUUUAACAUUGAAGAUAAUGAUUUGAAGAAUAAACUAGAAAAAGUUAAAAGAUGGUUAGAAAGUGGUUUAAUGGUAAAAUUAAACUUAAUUAUGUUAGGAAAGGAAAAGGCUCACCCUGAAGUAGCGCGGGAAAAAUGCCAAAAAAUAAUUGAAGAAUUAAGAAAACAGUCCAGCAAGAUUGAAUUAAAAGAUAGCAUUCGAAGACUUCCUGACAGAUGGUAUAACCCGACUCAAAUGAAUUUAGAAAAUAUUAAAUUAUCAGAACAGACUAAGAAAAAUUUGUUAGCGAUCGGGUAUAGUAAAUUAACUGAUAUUCAAGAAAAAGUUAUCCCGCCAGUAUUGAGUGGAAAGGAUAUUAUUGGACAAUCGCAAACUGGCACAGGAAAGACUGCUAGUUUCGUUAUCCCGGUUCUCGAAAACUUAAAAAGAGAUCUUUAUCCCCAAGUUCUCAUCCUAGUACCAACUCGCGAAUUAGCAUGUCAAGUAAGUGAGGAAGUAAAGAAAUUAUCUCAGCAUCUUAAAUUACGAACUUGUGCAAUCUAUGGAGGAGAUCCUAUAGUAAAACAAUUAAGAAUGCUUCGCAGUGGAUUAGAUAUAGUAGUGGGAACUCCUGGUCGAGUUACUGACCAUCUAAAAAGAAAGAGUUUCCGGACUGAUAAUAUAAAGUUUCUGAUCCUUGAUGAAGCCGACGAAAUGAUCAAUAAAGGGACAAAAUUAAUUUUAAUUUUUGCCAAUACUAAAAGAAAAGUGGAAGAAAUCGGAAAUUUACUUAGAGAAAAAGGAAUGAAAGUGGAUUAUCUUCAUAGUGAUCUUUCUCAAAGCCGUCGUACUCGAGUUUUAAAUAAAUUUCGUAACAAACAAAUUUCUACUCUGAUUGCGACCGAUGUAGCGGCUCGCGGAAUUCACGUUAAUAAUAUCGAUUACGUAAUUAACUAUGACUUUCCCCAAAGUACAGAAUUUUAUAUCCAUCGUAUUGGCCGAACUGGUCGAGCUGGUGCUAGCGGAAAAGCUCUAACCUUUAUUUCCUCCUUCAAAGAAAAACAGCAAUUACUAAAAUUAUCUCAGCAAAAAGGAAAUUAUUUUGGAGUGAUCCAUCCCAUUUUAAAAAUCCAAACUGAUUAUGAAGUAAUUAUUAUGCUAGCUGAUUUGCACUCUUUAACUGUUCCAAAGUCUAAUUUUGAUUAUCGUGGAAAGUGCUAUGAAAUUGCUUCUUUGCUAUACGCUUGUGGCUUAAAAGAGGAGAAUUACAUGAUACAAUAUAAAGAAAAAAAAGGAGAAAAAGAAAGCGGUAAUUUGGCUCUUCUAUCUUAUCCGGUAUUAAUGGCGACGGACAUUUUUCUUUAUGAUGCUGAUUUAGUUAUUGUCGGAGAGGAUCAAAGGCAACAUCUCGAACUAACUAAUGAUAUCGCCCAAAAAUUUAACAAUUUUUAUGGAAAACAAUUGUUGAAAGUUCCUCAAUUUUCUAUUCCGCGUUUCGGAGCUAGAAUAAUGGGAUUAAAAAAUCCUAGAAAAAAAAUGUCCAAAAGCGAAAACGAUUAUAUUACUUUGUUGGAUAAAUCUGAAAUGGUUAGUAAAAAGGUUAAAGAAGCCGAGACCGAUAGUGAAAACAAAAUUUAUUAUAAUCCAGAAAAAAAACCGGGUAUUUCCAACCUUUUAACUAUUUAUGCUUUACUGAAUAAUCAAGAAAUAAAUGAAGCAGAAAAAGAAUUGCAAGGAUUUACUUACCAUCAAUUUAAAUUGAAACUUAUUGAGUUAAUCAAUGAAAAACUAGGAAAAAUUCAAGAAAGAUACAAUCACUACCUUUCUAGCAUCAAAGAAAUUUUGAAAAAAAAUAAAAAUUAUCUGCAAGGACAAGAUCCUUAUCAUUUACCAGAAGUAGCAGAUGGAUUAGCUUUUAGCACUCAAAAACCCUAUUACGUACCGGCCAGUUUAAAAAACAUUUUUCUUGAACUUAGCCAGGAUCUCAAUUGCCCUCCUCCAACCAAAAGCAACUUGCUUCCAUGA